AUGGCUGAUGCCCAGAUACAGGUGGCCCCUACACCAACCAUUCCAAAGGCGACCACAGAGGACCUGCCCCUGCCGCCACCACCAGCCCUGGGAGAUCUGCCACCACCACCGCCCAAGGAGUCCUUCUCCAAGUUUCAUCAGCAGCGGCAAGCCAAUGAGCUGCGCCGCCUCUACAAGCACAUUCACCCUGAGCUCCGCAAGAACCUGGCCCAAGCCGUGGCGGAGGACCUGGCUGAGGUCCUGGGCUCUGAGGAACCCACGGAGGGUGAUGUUCAGUGUAUGCGCUGGAUCUUUGAAAACUGGAGGCUAGACGCCAUUGGGGACCAUGAGAGACCAGCUGCUAAGGAGCCAGUGCCAGGUGGUGAUGUCCAAGCCACUUCUCGCAAGUUUGAGGAAGGUGCCUUUGCCAACAGUGUGGACCAGGAGCCAACUGGUCCCCGGGCCACGGGAGGGGACGUUCGUGCAGCCCGCUGGCUGUUUGAGACAAAGUCGCUGGAUCAGCUGAGGGGCCAGGAUGAGCCACCUGAGGCCACAGUGAAGGAGCCUGCAGCCAGUGGAGAUGUCCAGGGCACCAAGAUGCUCUUUGAGACACGGCCGCUAGACCGCCUGGGCUCCCGCCCUUCCAUCCAAGAGCAGAGCCCCUUGGAGCUGCGCUCCGAGAUCCAGGAGCUGAAGGGCGAUGUGAAGAAGACGGUGAAGCUGUUCCAGACAGAGCCGCUGUGCGCCAUCCAGGAUGCAGAGGGCGCCAUUCACGAGGUCAAGGCAGCUUGCCGUGAGGAGAUCCACAGUAACGCGGUAAGGUCUGCCCGCUGGCUCUUUGAGACCCAACCUCUGGAUGCCAUCAACCGGGACACCAGCCAGGUGCGGGUGAUCCGGGGCAUCUCCCUGGAGGAGGCUCGCCCUGAUGUCAGUGCAACUCGCUGGAUCUUUGAGACGCAGCCCUUGGAUGCCAUCCGGGAAAUCAUAGUGGACGAGAAGGACUUCCAGCCAUCCCCAGACCUUAUCCCUCCAGGCCCAGAUGUUCGGCAGCAGCGGCAUCUGUUUGAGACUCGAGCUUUGGACACUCUGAAGGGGGAAGAUGAGGCUGGAGCUGAGGCCCCACCCAAAGAGGAAGUGGUCCCUGGCGAUGUCCGUUCCACCCUGUGGUUAUUUGAGAUGAAGCCCCUGGACACCUCCAGAGACCUCCAGGUCCAAGUGGGUCACCUGCAACGGGUGAGUCCCCUGGAGGGUGAGGGGCUUGUGUCCAGUGCUGGUUCCUCAGUACUGCCCCCUUCUCAAAGUGCCCCUGAGAGGGAUGGGGUGAAGGGAGAUGUGAAGACUUUCAAGAAACUUUUUGAGACCCUUCCCUUGGACAGCAUUGGGCAGGGUGAGUCUCCAGGCCCUGGGAACAAGAGCACAGCAGAAGAGACUGAUUCUUCUGGGCAGCCCCAGGGCACAGGGUCCCCAGUCUAUGCCAUGCAGGAUGGCAAGGGCCACCUCCACGCCUUGACCUCUGUCAGCAGAGAACAAGUAGUUGGUGGUGAUGUGCAGGGUUACAGGUGGAUGUUUGAGACACAGCCCCUAGACCAACUGGGCCGACAUCCCAGUACCGUUGAUGUAGUGCGAGGCAUCACCAGACAGGAAGUGGUGGCCGGAGAUGUGGGCACCACUCGGUGGCUCUUUGAGACCCAGCCCCUGGAGGUGAUCCACCAGCGAGAGCGGCAGGAACGACAAGAAGAAGAGGGCAAAGGUCAGGGGGGUCCCCAGCCUGAGGCCCCCCAAAAGGGCGAUGUGCAGACCAUCCGGUGGUUGUUCGAGACGUGCCCAAUGAGUGAGCUGGCAGAGAAGCAGGGGUCAGAGGUCAAAGACCCUGCAACAAAGCCUGAGGUCCAGUCCUGCACGUGGAUGUUCGAGCCUCAACCCCUGGACAGGCCAGAGGGCUCCAGGGAACAGCACCUGCAGGUUGGCCAGGUCCAGGCUGGGGAAAGACAGACAGCUGGACACGUCUUUGAGACUGAGCCUCUGCAGGCCUCAGGCCGGCCCUGGAAGAGACGUGCUGUGCGGUAUUGCAGCCGAGUAGAGAUCCCUUCAGGGCAGGUGUCUCGUCAGAAGGAGGUUUUCCAGGCCCUGGAGGCAGGCAAGAAGGAAGACCAAGUGUCCAGGGUAGUCCCUGAGUCCAUCCCCGGGGGUGCUGUGCACAAGUUCACAUGGCUCUUUGAGAAUUGCCCCAUAGGCUCCCUAGCAGCGGAGAGCAUCCUAGGCGACAACCUCCAGGAAGAGCAGCCCAUGGGCCCCUCAGGCAAUGCAGUACUGGAGAGGCAGGAAACUGCCGCGGAAGGAACCCUAAGGAUUCUGCAUGCCACGCCUGGCAUCCUGCACCAUGGGGGCAUCCUCAUGGAGGCCCGUGGGCCAGAAGAACUUUGCCUUGCCAAGUACGUGCUCCCAGGCCCAGAGCAGGGGUGCCCCCACAUCCGGAAGGAGGAGCUGGUGUCUGGCGAGCUUCCCAGAAUCGUCUGCCAAGUGCUGCGCAGGCCAGACGUGGACCAGCAGGGGCUGCUGGUACAGGAGGACACAAUGGGCCAGCUCCAGCUCACACCACUGAAGCUGCCAGCUCCAGGAAGCAGAAGGGGUAUUGAUGACCUGGACCCCAAGCUCCAGCAGGUGCUGGCACGUGGCCUUAGGGCCUCAGUGGUGAGGACUGGGCUAGUGAUGCAGGAGACAGAGCAGGGCCUGGUGGCACUGACCGCCUACUCCCUGCAGCCCCGGCCAGCCAGCAGGGCUCCCGAGAAGAGCAGUGUGCAGCUGCUGGCCAGCUGCAUAGACAAAGGGGACCUGAGUGGCCUGCACAGUCUGCGGUGGGAGCCACCAGCCGACCCAAGUCCAGUGCCAGGCAGUGAGGGGUCCCAGAGGCCGCCCCUGACUGACAGCAUCAUCCAUGUGCCUCCCCUGGACUCCAGCCUGAGGAUGGGAUAUUUGCAAGGCCCAGGGCCAAACACCUGCCCCCCACCACCCACUGGAAAGGCAGUCCCUCUGGCUGGGAACGUUGCAGCCCCAGCCUGCUUGCAGGGAGCAGAAAAGCAGGAAGACAGUUGCAUUGGGCAAAAAGGAAUGGCAACCUUGAGAAAGUCAGAAGGAGCCACGGCUGCGCCCCAGGGCCCCAGGGCCCCAGACCUCCAGGCCGCCAUGCAGAGUCUGAGGGUGGCAACAGCCGAGGCCCAAAGCCUGCACCAGCAAGUUCUGAACAAGCACAAGCAGGGCCCAGGCCCUGCAACCACCUCCACACCCUUCCAGAACGGUCUUCUGCAAGCACCAGCUGUGACUCCUGGGGCUGCUCACAGCAAUGCCAGGCCUAUGGCUGGAGCUGACCCCAGGAUCCCAGCAGCCCCCAGAAAGGUCAGUGGGGAACAGAAAGCACUGCCUGGAGGGCUGCCUGGGGGGAGGGUGACUGUUCAGGAAGGCAUCUACACUGCUCAACCAGUGAGGACAUUUGACCCACCCAGGGGUGUCCAGCUUUCUGAGAGGGAACCCCAGCCAAGGGACAAGACUACUCUCCCAGCUCAGACUCUAAGCCCCCUCCAGGGAGGUCUAGGCCAGAGUCUCGGGCCAGGGCGGGAAGAGCCUGGGGACUGCACGCAGAGCACCUGGGGGCCACCAGGGAAGGCGAUGGCAGAAGUCAGCCUGGGGAGCCUCCAAGCUGCAGAGACCACCCUGAAAGCUACCCCUUUAGCUCACCACACUCUGGCCUCUAGGCCUCAUGUUCCAGGUGCCAGCCUGCACUCCCAUAAUGCCUCUAUUCCUCCUCCUCCUCCUCUCCCAGCUGCUGUGACAGGAUCUGACUUCCCAGUCCGAACCCACCACCAAGAGGACUCCAUCCAGCAAGACUCCGAACCCCUGCAGGACCCCCUUGUUCACCCCCAUAGCAGCCCUGCUGGCCAGAGAAGCCCUGAGGGGUCACAGACAAAGACUCUGAAACUGGAGCCCACCACACCCCCAAGGAAGAAGCCCCAGUUACCCCCAAAACCUGCCCACCUAUCCCUGAUCCACCCUCCUCGAAGGCUGCCCAAGCCCGCAGUUCUGUCUCCCAGAUCCUCCUCAGAGGUGAAGCCAGAAGAACAUAAACAAGGUGAGAGAGAUGCAGCCAUCCUUCAGAUGGCCAGGGUCCCCACUGCUGCAGGUCAGCCUGGCCCCCAACAUGGCCUCAGCACCAUGGGCCCCAGAGUCAUUGAGAAUCAGGCUUCAGGCAGCAAUGCCCAGAGCCCUGAGCCCCCCAAACUCAAAGCUCCCAGAGGUAACCCCAGCUCACCGCAGCAGGGCCCCAUCCUCCCAAAAGAGCAGCCCAAGGAAGGUUCACAGCAGGUGGCCUCCAAGAGCCCUGACACUCUGCAAGGAAGCCAACAAGAGCUCCAAGGCCUCCUGAGCCACGUGCAAGCCCUGGAGAAGGAGGCCAUAAGCAGUGUGGAUGUGCGGGCACUGCGGAGGCUCUUUGAGGCUGUGCCCCAGCUGAGAGAGGCUGCCCCUCAGGUGCCUGCUGCCCCCUGCAAGCCUGAGGCCUCGGUGGAGCAAGCCUUCGGGGAGCUGACACGGGUCAGCACGGAGGUUGCCAGGCUAAAGGAACAGACUCUUGCCAGGCUGCUGGACAUUGAGGAGGCUGUGCACAAGGCCCUCAGCUCUAUGUCUAGCCUUCAGCCUGAGGCUAAUGUCAGAGGCCAUUCCCAGGGAACCCCUAAGGACCACAGUACCCACAAGGUCAGUGUUGUGCCUAGCAGUAGAGCUAGGCCAAACUGGUCAGUUCAGGAGGCCAAGGGUCAAACUGGGGUCAAGAGCCAAACCGAGGCUGGAUGCUAUCCUGAGGUCCAGGAUCAAGCCACCAUAAGAGAUCACACAGAGGUCAGAGGUCAAGCAGCCUCCACCGCCCCUCCAACCAGGAGGCUGGAGAUUCUGAGAGAAGACACAGGCCUCCCUCGGGUCUUGCCUUCCUACAGAGAUUCUUCCUCCUCCCCAACCUUCAUCUCCAUCCAGUCAGCCACAAGGAAGCCUCAGGAGGUUCCCAGCCCUGAGGGCAGCUCCAGUGAUACAGUGAAAUGCACUUACCUGGGCCAGAAUGUGAGCCAAGCCCUACUCCACCAAGAAGGUGCCCAGGAUGAGGCUGGCAGGAAGGAGGUUACCUGGUGCUCAGAACAGCUGGAGCCUGUCCCUGCCUUAGCCAGCCCCCUGCCCACUGGGAGGCAGAAAAGUGUUCUGGAGCUGCAGACUGGGCCGGGAGGCUCCCAGCCUUACGGAGCCACAAGAACUGUGACUGAGCAGUAUGAGGAGGUGGACCAGUUUGGGAACACAAUCCUAACGUCCUCCACCACCGUCACCAAGCAAGAAGAGCCGUCCAGGGGCCCGGGCCCCUGCUUCGGGCUCCACACCUCUCCCUUGCUGCAUCAGUUCCUGCACAGCCCAGUAAGGCUCAGCAGUGGCCUGGCAGACCCUGGGAUGGUAUGUGUGUCCUGCAGCCACUCUCAGCCAGCCCCGCAGUGA